UGAAAAACCGAAAACAAGAAAUACGUUAGAAUUGAAGAAAAACGGCACCGUUUUACAUGGUUGUGCGGUUUCCUGAAAUAAAAAUUCAAGUUAAACGAGUUUUCUAUUGGACAUAUUGACUGGUGCACAGCUGUCUAGAAGAAACAACGAUGAACCUGAGUAACACAACGAUUGAAAAUUUUCUUGCUGAUGAUGAAGGGUUCUAUGCAGAUGUUGAUCGAGAAGCAAACACCACUAAUCUGACAAGUACUGUUCUGGUAUUUUAUACUACUUACAAUUGGGACGUGGUGUUAGCUUUUUUAGAGGGACUACGUUUUAAAGUUGGAUUUUUUCUCUGGCAACGGUUAAGCAUUGUAUUUGCAAUUAUCAGUGUCAUUGGAAAUGGUUUUAUCAUUGCUGUUCUCGCGAAAGGAAACAAACACUUCUGUUCAACUUCUUUAUUUAUCCUGUCACUUGCCGUUGCUGAUUUGUUUGUUACUGGAUAUUAUAUAGACGGGUUUCUUACUGGCAACCGUGUCAUUUUGACCUCGUACAAUAGCCUUGAUUGUAAGUUAAGACUUUUAUUGUCAGGGCUCGGUAAUGAUGCUUCCCCUUUGACACUUACUUUAAUAUCUAUAGAAAGAGUAUGUUGCGUUGUUGUACCGCACAAAGUCAAAAAUAUGUUUACAAGAAAAGUUGCGAUAUUUCUCAUACUUGCAGUCUGGACAAUAUCUUUAGCAAACACUUUAUUGCUUGCCUACAUCAACAAAUAUGUGAUGUUAGGGUCAGGAGAAGGUAUAUGUGUCAUUGAUACUAGAGCAACACCUGUCACGUAUAGGAUUAAAUUUUUUACCGGUUUUUUCUUAAGGUAUGGUAGUUGGUUAGUUAAUAUCAUAUGCACGGUCAUAAUUAUACGAUCUUUACUUCACAACAGCUUUGUGAGAAAGGGUAAAUCUGUAAAAACACCAGUAAAAUCAGUUACGUUAAGUUUGCUUACAGUUAAUAUCGUUUACUUCUUAUUCGUGACACCUAUGGUUAUGUAUGACGGUUACACGGUGUUGUUUGUUACCCAACGGAAGAGCAUCUUUGAGAUCUACAACCACUUGAUUGAAAACGUUAUUCUGAAAUUCUUCUCUCUUCUUAACAACGUUUUAAAUUUUUUCAUUUAUUUUCUGAUCGGUGCAAAAUUCAGGCAAGAGAGUAAAGAAUUUUUGCUUUCUUUUAAAGUAUUUAGAAUGUGUCAUCAUAAAAUAACAUUAAUAAAAUAGAUUAUGAAAUCAAGAUAAACACGGAAGGGCCGGGUUCAAUGAACAUAGCCUCCACACGACCAAGCAACAUAGGACAACUGGUAAGGGGCCCAGCAGGACACCAAACAAAAAAGUCGAUAAUUUGUGAAGCAAUGUUAUGCAGAAUUACGCCAAAUGCACUCACCUGGCUUCAGUUUGUUGUCCUGAUCCUUUGUUGCUUGGUUCUAGGAUUGAAGAGCUUCGCUCUGUAAACAAGAAACGUACUUCACCAUUGAUAGUGUUGAAUUUUAUGUCGUGGAUUUGUUUAAUUUUUUCGUUGUAUGUAUUAUUGUAUUGUAUGUAUUUUAUAAGGGACAUAUGUUUUGGACACCUAUUUUCUGUGCAAAUUUGUUGUUUCUUUUUCAAUAAAUUUUUAAUAAUAAUGUAUGAACUUUAAGAAAACCAUAGAUAAUCAGAUUGUUAAGUCAUAGUGGAGGACAUCUCUCUCACAUGAAUUUUACCGUUAAGUGUGAGUUUUACCGUUAAGUGUUUACAAAUGAAAUAACUACAUGACAUUUUUGCUGAUACCUUUUGUUAUUUUGUUUGGAAAUUAUAGCAUUCGAGGUGAUUUGAAUAGAGAGAAACGUUUUCGGAGACAACCUAAAAUAUGCUACUGAAAUUGACACCACAGAAACAGAAAGGGAACUCUUUUCUUUGUUUGUCGUUUGUAAUGAUUGGGUGCGUGGACGGUUACUUUUACUUACCAGGACCGUCCUUGAACAGGCUCAAUUUAACCGAGUCUGCAACAUUUUCAAUUAUGUUCUUUUGGACGUUCUUUAGGGAUUCUUUUUUUUUCCUAUUUUAGUUUUGUGUUGAUGUACAACAAACGCUAUCAUAAUAAUUAUUUAAAAUAUAACAAUUGGUGUUUCUAAUUGUUAUAUUUCUAGAAGAGUAAAAUAUCAUUUAAAUAGAUCGAUAUAACUGUGCGAACCCUACUUUAUGACAUUCCAGUUGUUUCGUUUGACUGGAUGUUGCUUGUGACUGCGUUCAGUUUACGUUGUGUUUCGUUGUUUGUAUUUGUACUCAUAUUAUUGCAGACAAUACUGCGUUCAGUUUACGUUGUGUUCCGUUGUUUGUGUUUGUACUCAUAUUAUUGCAGACAAUAAUUGCAUUUACACAUAAAACUUUUGUCUAUCAGAUGCUGCGGAGGAUCCUUAUCAAAUGGUUUCCAUUACAGAGUGGUUUUCUUUCGUAAUGUUCAGUGAUAUUUAAAAGCCAUAUUUAGUUUUUCUUUUUAUGUAAAGUGAGAGAGGUAUUUAGACCAUAACAUUGAACGAAAGUGUCGCUUAAAUUAUAGGUUGUUUAAUUUGAAGAAUGUUGAACACAAUUAUAUGUACGCUUUAAAUAGUGUUGUUUUCUGUGUACUCUGUGUUCUGUGUAUUUGUACUCAUAUUAUUGCAGACAAUACUGCGUUCAGUUUACGUUGUGAUCCGUUGUUUGUGUUUGUAUUCAUAUUAUUGCAGACAAUACUGCGUUCAGUUUACGUUGUGUUCCGUUGUUUGUGUUUGUAUUCAUAUUAUUGCACACAAUACUGCGUUCAGUUUACGUUGUGUUCCGUUGUUUGUAUUUGUACUCAUAUUAUUGCAGACAAUACUGCGUUCAGUUUACGUUGUGUUCCGUUGUUUGUGUUUGUACUCUUAUUAUUGCAGACAAUACUGCGUUCAGUUUACGUUGUGUUCCGUUGUUUGUAUUUGUACUCUUAUUAUUGCAGACAAUACUGCGUUCAGUUUACGUUGUGUUCCGUUGUUUGUGUUUGUACUCAUAUUAUUGCAGACAAUAAUUGCAUUUUCACAUAAAACUUUUGUCUAUCAGAUGCUGCGGAGGAUCCUUAUCAUAUGGUUUCCAUUACAGAGUGGUUUUCUUUUUAGUAAUGUUUAGUGAUAUUUAAAAGCCAUAUUUAGACUUUCUUUUUAUGUAAAGUGAGAGAGGUAUUAAGACCAUAACUUUGAACGAAAGUGUCGCUUAAAUUAUAGGUUGUUUUAAUUUGAAGAAUGUUGAACACAAUUGUAUGUACGCUUUAAAUAGUGUUGUUUUCUGUGUAUAUAUUUUAUAUUUUUCACAGUUAUCUUUUUUAACAUACUCUUUAUCAUAUGGACAUUGAAUUAAAACGCUUCUGUUUGCCCAGUCUGUAUGUUUACAUUCAUACAUACAUUUCUUACCACCAUAAUAUUUGCAAACCAAUGGUCUCAGAACACUUCGUGUUGGCGUACUGAAAUAUGAUAAUGGCCUCAAAUCCUUUCAUAAUAUAAUUCUAAAAUUAAAUAAGAACAUUAUUUAUGAUUCAUGUGAUGUGGUGUUUAUAACAUUUGUUUUGACAUCUUGAAACAAUUGUUAGUUUUAAUUUGUUUUUAUUAAUUACUUAUUAUCUUA